AGCAAGCAGUAGAAAAAGCAUCGGUGAGCUAACAUCAUAACCAAAAUAUCGAUGUUCGAUCAUCUCGCAAGAAUGUUUUCUCAAAUACCUGUCUCUUGAUUUCGCGGGGGAGUAUGUAUUUUGCGAAUUAUGACUUUCCAGCGUUUCCUUUUGCAAAAUAUUUACUUCAGUAGCUAUCAGACGCCGGUUAUGAUAGCUGGCUAACGUUAGCUAGUUAACCUAGCUGAUCGCUAGCAGCACAAAGAAGUGUGCAAUGCUUUGUGGUGCUAUGACUCGAGGUAUUUAACACUAGCUUGUUUGCUCGCUAUAUUGCUUGCUUCUUUAUCAACUGACUAACUUAAUGGUUAACUUCGUGUAAACAGUACGUUAGCCUAAGCAACGUUACUGAUUAGAACUACAAUGCCUGUGUUGUGUAGUUUGUUUGGGGAAAAAAAGUACUUUUUGGCACGCUAAUAUUGUGUAGCUAAAUAGUUAGCGCUCAUUUACAUUUUAAGUAGUCUAUUGACUACUAGACAAUGCUAGUUUGUAUUUAUACGGUCUUUGUUCAUAACUAGUUAUAUUAAUGUCCUCGCAUUCUAGAUCAGAGAAACCCUACCCAGGCCAGAGCCAACGUUUGAAGGACUGUUAUUGAUAUUCAGUCAUCAGACUGUCUGAGUAUAUUUAUUGUAACAAGUAGCUCCAUCCUUUUCAAGAACUGGUCAGUGUAAGACUUUGCAUUCUUGAGUCAUUGGGACUUCUGGGUUCUGACAAAUUUAGCUUUGUUCCAGAACCGAAAGGUGUUCUGGGUGACGUUAAAGCACCAUUACAUACUUUAAACACAGCUGUCCUGCAUCGCUUAGUAUUGUAAAGCAUUUACAUUAUAGUCAUUUAGCAGACUCUGAUCCAGAUUGACUUACAGUAGUGAGUGCAUACAUUUUCUUACUGGUCCCCCCACUAUUGGCCCAGCAUCAUUAGGGAUUGGCCGGAGUCGGCAGUGAUUGUUAGUAAAAAUUUGUUCUUAACUGGCUUGGUUAGAUAAAAAAAAAAAGGAAUCUAACCCACAACCCUGGGGUUGCAAGUGCCAUGCUCUACCAACUGAGCUACACAUAAGCACUAGACCUGAGCUCAUUUUCCCUGGCUAAACAAGCAUUUCGGUACACCCGCAAUAACAUCUAAAUAUGUCUUUGUGACCAAUAAAUUUUUAUUUAAACCAGCUGGCUAACGGAACUAUGCUAGUUUUCAACCUCAUUACAAAACUUCAUAUACUGUACUCUCAACUUUAAAACUCCUUUGCUAGUUAUAAAAUAAUGUAACUAAGUCAUUUGCUGGAAAGAAACUUAUAUUGUAUUUUGUUAAAGUCGUGACCGUUUCAAGAUAUGACGUAAGACGACAGUUGGCGUAGGAUAUCAUUGCUACUUAACUCUGAUCCAAGUUCAGUUUUGAGGUCCACCAUCUUCAUUGGCAUAGGGUUAGCUGGAAGUAUCUGACUGGUCUUGGAACUGUGACAACAGGCAGCCUCUCCCCGCUUGGCUUGAUGGGAUAUGUAGGGAUUUUUCCAUAUGUACAUGGUCUUGUACCCUUACCCUUUUUUCAACUGACUUGUAGUUGUUGAUUAAAUCUGACUUUACUGGAUUACUCAUAAUGUCGAGUUAAUUGACUCAAGAAAACUUGACAAAAUAUCAACUCUACACAUCGCAAUGGCUAAAUUACUUCUGGAGGCUAAGGGUCUGUGGAGCUCUUCCUCCUCACCACUCUAUGGGCCCUGGUCAGGAGUAGUACACUAUAUAGGGUGUAAUUUGGGAUGCAGAUACAGAGAUUGGUGGAGCCAGCUUGAGGUUCUCUAGCCAGUAGCCAUCAUGCAGUAUGUCCUGCUGUGCCCUGGGAAAGGAGAAACGGCGUCUCCAUCUUAAGCCCCCUGCUCUGUCUGUCUAGCGGCAGGCAGGGUGUUUGCUGUAAAAGGCUGAGGCACAAAUGCGGGCUGAUUACCAACUGACUGCCAUUUAAGAAAGGUUACAAUGUACUGGAAAUAAAUAGCCUUAUGGCUGAGUCAUUUUACAUGGUCAAUGUGGCGUCUCUCUCUCAGCAUGGUGAGGAGAGUGUUUCCCAUGUUGCAUUAGUGGAAGUGUGACAUGCUGGCCUGUCUGCCAGCAUCAUCAGGUGACCCUACAACCCGAUUUCUCUCCCACACGCAGAUGAACACUGGACUUCAGCAAUGGGACACUACACAGAAGAUGAGAUCUGCCAACUAUCCAACCCCAGCAGAAUUAGAUGCCUUUGCUAAGAAAGUCGCCAACAAGCCUCUGACCAUAAAGAUCUUCCCCAACAGUGUCAAAGUACCUCAGAGAAAGCACAUCCGCCGCACAGUGAACGGGUUGGACACGUCCAGCCAGCGCCACAGCCCCUACCAGUCUCAGGUCAGCAGCACCAGAGCGGGCCUCCUAGCCGUCCUCCGCACUUCGACCGGGAAAAGCGCCAUCAAAGACACAGACGGCAGCCAAGCCCAUCUGCUUCCCAAAGCAACCAUGAACCUCCACAGCGGGUCACACGUCGCUCAAAGCUCUUUAAAUCUCCCCGAGCCUGUCCCCCACCUCCAGGGCAUGUCCCAAACCCAACACCAGGCAUUGAACCAGAAACAGCACCUCCCCCACCCACAUCCACAGCAUGCUGUACAGCAGCACAACAUGGCUCAUCGUGUGACUUCACAGCCACAGAAUAUUCCUCAACCUCACCCUAAAACUUUACAGCAACAGAACAUGGCCCACCCUCAAACUUUACAGCGGCAACCAAGCUUGUCCCAGCUGCAAACUGUACAGCAGCAACAGCAGAAUCUGGCGCACCCCCAGAAUAUCCAGCGGCAGCAAAGUUUGCCUCACACGCAGACUUUACGACAGCAAAAUCAGACUCGGCCACAAACCUCACAGCAGCAGCAUCUUUUUCAUCCUCAGACGCUGCAGCACCAGACUCUUCCUCACCAACAAGCUUUAGUACAGCAGGCUGUGGCUCAGGCUCAAGGUCUCCGGCACCUGCCUGACUUAGCCCAGGCCCAGCCUCCACCUAGUCUGCAACAUUCCCAGGGCAUGCAGCAACCCCAGAGCCUGUCACAGCCUCUCCCCCAGGGCCUCCGGCACCAGCCUGACGUAGCCCAGUCCCAGCUUCCACCCAGUCUGCAACAUUCCCAGGGCCUCCCCCCAUCUCAGCAGUUCCCCCAGGCCUCCGGUGCCGGCCCUGGCCCUCCCUCUGCCCUGCAGCCCCAGCCAGGCCCCCCCUACGGCCCCAGGAAGCUGCCAGAUGCAGACGUCCCGCCAAACGUAACUGUAUCUACCUCCACCAUCCCGCUAUCCAUGGCGGCCUGCCUGCACCACAACCGGCCGGGCACAGACCUGAGCAUCAUCGUGCACCAGAUCAACCAGUUCUGUCAGGCUCGGGCCGGAAUGGGUGCCACCUCGGUGUGUGAGGGCCAGAUAGCCAACCCCAGCCCCAUCAGCCGUAACCUUCUCAUCAAUGCCAGCUCCAGGGUCAACACACCCCACAAUCUGGACCUCCUUCCCUCCGGCCUGCUGGGCCCCACAGAGAAGGCCCCUGGAGAGUCCCAGGGCCCUGCUGGUGGCCUACAGCCCAACAUAGCUGUCAUGAACAGGUUGCCACCUGCUUUCCACACUGACAUAAAGCAGCAGUUACAGCAGCAGCAAGUACAGCAGUUACAACAGGUUCACCAGCAGCAACAGCUACAACAUCAGUUACAGCAGCAACUCCAACAGCAACACUCCUGGAACCAGCACCAGCUGGCUCACAUGCAGCACCUGCCUGAGGGAACCAACCCCAGCAAGAACCCCAGGAGAGAAAUCCCCUCUGGGCCUGUCUUCCCUGCCAACUAUCCCCACGUGCUGCUGGCCUCGCAGCCACAAGCCUUCUACCUUAAACACCCAUCAGACAAGACAACCCCCUCGCCCUCUGUAACCGGCCCACCGGGUGGCACCAUGCUCAGCUCCACCAACGGGUGCUACCUGCAGGCUCCAUGGGGCAGUGUCCUACAAGCAGGCAAAAGUGAUGGUCUUGGCCCUCUGGAUUUGGCCUUCCAGGGGGGCCCGUCAGGGGCCUCCAUAGACUGCAGCACACCAGGAUCACAGUACCGACCAGGAGCCAGACCCGGGUUCCCAGGUUCGGGUCAGACCAAGCUGAUGAAGCAGAACGUGUGUGAUUACCUGGCUGGGGAUUUCCAGGCAUUCCAGCAUAACCCGGGUGCCAUGGGGAAGAUGCACAGGCCCCCCAUGGGUAGAGCUCUAGCCCAGGGCCCAGAGCUAGGCAACGAUAGAAAUAUCCCCGCUCAUCACCCAGGCUAUAGAUAGCAGUCUUCACCUCACCAGUUGUGUGUCAUGGUUGGUGAAUGAUUCAAGAUUAUAGAUAGAAGGCAGUCUUCACCUCACCAGUUGUGUGUCAUGGUUGGUGAAUGAUUCAAGAUUAUAAUCAGGUGUCCACAUGUAGAGUUCUUGCAAGUGAUCAAUUGACUGUUCUCCCUAGUCGGUUGCUCCUGCUGUCAAUGUUUAAUCGCUGACUUAUGUGUUUUAAAAGUAGGUCCUUAGCCCUUAAAGGUAUCUGUUAAACCUUAGUGCCAGAUGAAGGGUUUUUGGUUGUUAUUCUAAUGAUGAAGAAUACUUACUCAUACCACAACAUGGACAUCUGCUUCUUGUAGUAUUUUCUGGAAUACUCUAUUGUGAUCUAGGACUAAGUAGAGAACCUAGUAGGGCUACUUCCUUUCCACAUAAUAAUUACCAUAGAUAUCCCCAGGUUGUCAUGGAACCAACCACGCCCUUUUACAACAUUAGUGGCCUAAUAGCUGCCAAUGCAGCGGCUGAAAAUAGGCCAGGAAAUUACACCCCAUGUUUACAUUUGAAUGGGUAUUUUUGUAUGCUAAUAUGAAUCAGGUUCAUGUCUGAGUAUAUUCUUACUUCAAUCUCUCCCCAUAUAGAGUAAGGUACUGCUACAACCAUUUUGUCCUGUCCUCUUGUGUGUGAUAAGACCUUAAGACGGAGUACUUUAAGUCGUUUUUAGUUCUAAAGUUUUUUUUAUCGCUACCUUGUUCUGUUACUUAAAUUAAGUUGUCUCUACUUGAAUUUCUCCAGUGACGCUUUCAGUAUGAGGACUAAGAGAAUCGAAAUGUCAUGCUAAACAUUUACAAAAGGAACAAAACCUCCCUUUGGGAAAAACAUUAAUUGUUUUUUGAAUAAUGUGAACCCAGUAGGAUCAAUCCCCUGAUCUUGAAAGGAAUUGUCUGUUUGCUUAGACCAAAUUGAUCACUUGCAAGUGUGCAAGUACAACCGAACAUACCGGAAGGUUAAAAUAUUUAUUUGUUUCACCACUAUACUACUGUAAACAAGUGAAUGGAUUCCUUGUGGAUCUUUACCUGUCUGGGGGUUCUGGUAAGCUGAGGGGUAUCCUACGAAGCAGGUUUGAAGAGUUAACUUUGGUCAACUGUCAACUUAAUGAAAAGUAUGGCAUUCGAUUAGCCAUGUGCAACGUGCAGUUACAAGCCUGCUAGAAUUAGUGGCAGGUGUAUGAGCAAAAUCCACUGUCUGAGCUUGAAUGUGACGCUAACAGAAGCUGAUUCGCUUCAGAAAACAGAUCUGGUUUGCUUAUUGGGAUACCUCUUUUCCUUCACUUGCUAGCCUAACCCUAACUGUAUUGUCUCUACUACCUAGAAAGGAGAACUGAGGUUCAGUCCAGUUAUUUUAAAGGCAGGUUACCUCCUCAUGCUUGUAGUUGGGUCUAGCCAUAGAAAUAUAAUUACGUCUAAGUAAUGAUAUUUCUAUGGGUCUAGCAUGCUGCGUUUUUCCUCAGUUUAAUUUGGCUUACUCUUUCCUCCUCCCUGAUAACUCUUGGGGAAAAAGCCUUAAAUGUUAUAUUAGUUACCUUCUACCUUAAAUGUUGACUUUUUACACCAUGCCGGAUUUCCUUAAACAGUGCAUGGUGUCGCAUCCUAUAUCAAAUUGUUUUCAUUUAAGGCCAUUGUUAAAUUGCUAAGUAAAAGUCCUCCUUUUAAAGGAUAAUAAGUAUGAAUAGUGUUAAGUAGAGUUUCAUAGGUGUGUGGCACUGGGCUGUAACUAUGGUCUUUGGACUACGUUUCUUUCGUUGUUUCUACGUGACAAAUGCCCUACACUAAUUUAGUUCUUAGCUAAUUUAUUUAUUUGAACACUGCAUCCUGAAGCCAUAGGUUUUUCCACACGGGUGCCAUAGUAACGCAUAUGAUCAGACACAAAACAAUGCAAACUGACGUCUCAACUAGCUGCAUUCGGUAAGCAAUGGAAAGGUUAAGUCAUAGAGGUAAUUUUAUUUAUAGGGGUUAUGUAGCCUUAAAGGGGCUACACUUUUUUGUUUUGUUUUUUGCAUUGUCAUUCAGAAAAUUGCCAUAAUAUAUCUGCAGUACUAGGGGAAUGAUAAGUGUUUCACAGUAUUACUUACCUGCCCGCCAGUGCUGUUAUAAACACCUAUUGAUUUCUCCCGCCAGAGCGGCAUCUGUCAAAAUGGGAAAGCUGUUUUGCCUUGCCUGUGUGAAAAUCGGUCAAGCAGCCAAUGUAAAAAUGUCUCUAAUUUCCUGGUUGCUAAAAUUCUACACGGUUCGCUCAUUUUCAGUUUGUGAGAAAAACAAGCACUGAAUAGUGGAGGGAAUCAUUGUACCAUCUAAAUUGCUGUGAAAUAUCUUUUUAAUAACAAAAAAACGUUUUUUUUUUUACAGCUGUUUAAAGCUGGUGGACCAAAACCCGAAAGUAAAAGGCGCAAGCGUGUGUCUCCAUGUUGUGGGGGAGAUGGUACAUUUGUUUUGAAUGCAGCCUAGUGCUGUUGCACUUCUCCUAGCUUCCACAUAGGGGAGAUGUUCUGUGUAGCACCUUUAAUGUUAUGGAUUGAGCUUUCUUCCCUGAGGGCAGUAGCUAGAUUCUGUUUGGCUCUUACUACUGUUGUGUUCCUGAUGUGCCUGGCCCUUGAAGCUGCUAUCGAAUUCUAAUCUGAACACACAAGAGUGUGUGUAUAGUAAUGAUGUAUGGGUUGUACUAUUGGAAUAAAGGUUCCUAUUUAUGUGUUGCCAUGGAUUUUUGAAAUGCGAGAUCGUAAAUCUGUGUAGUGGAAAUGGACCAACUGUUGCUGCAGUGAACCAAGCGAUGUACCUGUUGUUCCAUUUGACCUGAUUUACUUGUUCUAUAAUGUUGUACAGCCAUGCUACAGCCCGAGAACGUCAGGUUUACAGUUACACUUUCUAAUAUUAAGCCCAGCGGAGACAUUUCAUAUGAAAUAGUAUGUGUGGGUGUGUGCGAGAGAAAGGGUGUAAAGCCUAGAUACUUAUGCACACACGUGUGCACACUACACAGUGGUGCACAUCUCUCCAUUUUGGGGGGGACCAAGCUUCUAACUGUAACUACUGAUACUGGACAGGCGUCCGCGUUUACAUACCGCAAUGAUUCCAGACAAUGUUGGGAGUCUGAACGGCUGCUGCUGAAUCACUGACCAAACUCACCAAGCCUUCCCCUCAACCAUAAUCACCAUGGCCCAAAGCCUAGUUACAUUCUAUGUCUGAAAUGGCAUCCUAUUCACUACAUAGUGUACGACUUGACCUAGGGUCAUAGUCAAAAGUGGUGCACUAUUUCAAAAGUAGUGUGCCAUUUUGGAUGCUAACAUUCUUUCGCCAUGUUGGUUUGCAUUAGUUUUAAAGAAUCAUGCUAUUUUAAGGUUGUGACAAAAUAGUGGUCUGCUGCCCUCUAGACAGUUGUAGGAACAGAAUGUGGGACUGUGAUGUUAAUGGUGCUGGUGAGUGUUUUUGCUCCACAUAAGUGGAAAUGUGAGAUGAAUGGCAGUGGUUGUGUUAUUCCAGUUUACCUAUCCUUGAACUAUGCUUUGCACUAACAUUCCCCCCUAACCAAAAUAAAGUUUGCAUUUGCAAAACUGA